AAAUCGUAUUUUUUUUUUUCCUUUCUGCAUUUAUUCACACCAUGACUGAUUCAACUGUUACUGCUCUUGAUUACAUUCAAAGGCAGGAAGAGCUUGAAAAGGAAGCAAAGGAAGUGUUACCAGGAAAAUUCGAAAAAUGCACUUUUCCUUUAGGUUACAUUCGACAACCACUCUAUGCCUGCAAGACAUGUCAAACUGACGAUAGCACACCAGCUGCUAUGUGCUAUAGUUGCUCUAUGGCCUGCCACCCAGAUCAUGAACUAUAUGAACUAUUUCCUAAACGGCAUUUUCGAUGUGAUUGUGGACUCGUCGACAAGUUCAACAAUCACCCUUGUGCAUUAAUGAUUCCUGCAAAAAAGAUAAUUAAGACAAACACUGAAAAUAAAUACAAUCACAACUUUCAUGGAAGAUAUUGCAGAUGUGAUGAGAUGUAUAAUCCAGAAAAUGAAGACGGAACCAUGUUUCAGUGUAUCGUAUGUGAAGAUUGGUUUCAUGAACGUUGCAUAGGAAAUAUCCCCGAAGCUAUAGAAGACUUUGAUUGUUACAUUUGCCGACAUUGUACCAAAAAACAUCCUUUCCUUAUUCAAGGCAAGGACAAAAGAUUUAGUAUAGGGUUGUCCAAGGGAAAUGAAGCCAUCACAACGUGGGUACUGCCAGAUAAAAUCAUCACUAGCAGCAAGCAGAGUACACAGGCACAGGAAAAAACUGCUGAACAUGAUGCCAGUACAGUACAAACGAAUAUGGAAGGUGCUGAUGAUAUGUCUUUGCCUGAAGCCGAGUCAAAGCAAACCAUCAAUGUAGGAAAAGAAGCAUCACAAGAAGAUACAAACGAAAUGUCUGUCAAGGUUGGAGAAAAGAGAAAACUUGAUGACACGUCUUCAUCUGUUCAGACUAAGCGCUUGAAAGGAAACGGUUGCGCAAAUGUUGAUUUGAGCAGCUUACCUGAGAAUGAUAACGUCGAGAUAUUCCUCCAAGAGACUUGGAGGGAAGGCUUAUGCAGAUGUGAAGAGUGCUUGAAACAAUACAAAGAAAACAAUUUAGAGUUUUUGCUAGCUGAAGAGCAAAUCUAUGAGCCAGAAGAAGAUGAAGAUGCUGGAAAAUCCUUGCUAGAGAUUGGCAUGGAACAACUUCAACGCAUAGACAGAGUUAAAGUGCUUGAGAGCUUAAUGGCUUAUAAAGACUUGGCUGCUGAUUUAAAAAACUAUUUUGCAUCUUUCAAAGACUCUGGAAAAGUAGUAACAAAAGAAGAUAUCGAUGAGUUCUUUUCUGCAAAACUACGCGAAAGAAACAAUGAUUAGUACUUUUUUUUUUUUUAUUAUUAUGACAGACUAAUCAAGCAUACCCGUACAUCAAUCAGUAAAAAAAGAACACAUCCAUAAAAAACAUAUAGCAUAAUCAUAAAAAAAAGCAUAAAAUAUAAAAUAAAUAAACACUUGCCGCAUUCAAAUUACAUACAACCAUUUAAAAAGAAGCAAAAUAGGAGCUCACAUUUGAAGUAGUUCAUUCAUUGUCUGAUCAAAUAAUGACGAUUGGGCAUGGUGUCUUCUGGUGAUAAAUGACAGACGCAUCUCUCCAGGUGUACUAUCAAUUAAUAGCUAUUUAAUCCCUCCAAAAUAAAGUAUGUGUAUGUUUUAUGGUAGCCGCCUUAUUUGUGGACUGAUAAAGUAAAUAUACCACAGAAUCAUUCAUACGAAAUCGCGUCAAAAA